UAUGACAUUUGUAUGAUGGAACCAGCUGACGAAAAUUUUGAAUCCCACCACUGUAGGGAACCCAAACCUUUUUGGCAUAUUGUCUGAUUGUUGUCAUAGAACUGUAGAAAUCUGAUUGAACUGCUGAACUGUAUGUUGGCAGGGAUUGUUGGUUUCUCAGGUAUUCUAAAUGACAAGCUAAUCCAGUAGAUAGUAUGAUUUUAUCCAUUUUCUCCUACAUUGUAUUUGCUGUUCCUAUCUGUGUGAGAGCAAGAUCUCGUCCUAAUAUUGUGUUUAUUCUCGCUGAUGAUCUUGGAUAUAACGAUGUUGGAUAUCAUGGAAAAGAACAUCUUUCUGCUUUGAAGACCCCACAUCUUGACCAUCUUGCUGAAAAUGGUGUAAAACUAGAGAAUUAUUAUGUGCAACCACUAUGCACGCCAACACGAAGUCAACUUUUGAGUGGGAGAUACCAAAUCCAUACUGGAUUGCAGCAUAAAAGUAUUUGGUCACCGAAACCAAAUGCUCUUCCGAUUGAAAACAUACUUUUGCCCGAGCAACUCAGAAACUGUGGUUACGAUACUCAUAUGGUAGGAAAAUGGCAUCUUGGAUUUUAUAAGGAAAAAUUUUUACCAUGGAAUAGAGGUUUUAAUUCAUAUUUUGGAUAUUUAACUGGAGUUGAAGAUUAUUACACUCAUGUUUGCGAUUAUCAUAGAAUGAGCGGUGUUGCUACGUGGGAUUCUAAACUUGGUCCUGUCAAUAACACAUGGGGUGAAUACUCUGCUCAUUUAUUUGCCAGAAAAGCUAUCGAAGCGAUUGAUAAACGAGAUCCUGCAAAACCUCUGUUUUUAUAUCUUGCCUACCAGUCUGUGCAUUCUCCAUUACAAGUGCCUCAUGAAUAUAGGAAGCAUUUUAAACACAUAAAAAAUAAAGCAAGAAGAACGUAUGCUGGUAUGGUCCUAGCAAUGGAUGAAUCAAUUCGUAAUGUAACUCAGCAUUUAGCCGAUGUUGGGAUUUUAGACGACACAAUUAUUGUGUUUUCAACUGAUAAUGGAGGGGAGACAAGGGCUGGGGGGAACAACUGGCCAUUAAGAGGCAAAAAAGCAACCCUAUGGGAGGGAGGAAUAAAAGGUGUCGGUUUCGUGCAUGGUCGUCGUUUAAAAACUCAUCACAUGACCUAUAAUGGACUUCUCCAUGUAUCUGAUUGGUUCCCAACUUUAGUAGAAGGUAUAGCUAGUUGUCUGAAAGUGAAUGGAACGCAGCCAUUGGAUGGCUUCAACCAAUGGGACGCCAUUCGACAAAAGACUUCAUCUCCAAGAAAGGAAUUGUUACAUAAUAUUGAUCCUUUGUACAUGUCUCAUAUCAAUCAGACUACCAAUAGCCUAAAACAUGGGUUUGAUGUUAAAGUCAGAGCUGGUAUUCGAGUUGGUCAGUGGAAAUUGUUAACUGGUGAUCCAGGGUUCGCAGGAUGGGUGAAGCCCCCCGAAUCCAACAAGUAUGAUGAUAGUAUGUACGAAGGUGAAUCAAUUUCUUCCAUCAAAGCAACAAAUGUAAAGUUGUUUAAUAUCAAAACAGACCCUUAUGAAUACCAUGAUGUAGCUGAUAAAUUUCCAUCUAUUGUAGAAAAGCUUCUGACUAGAUUGGCAAAAUAUAAUUCUACUGCUGUGCCAGUGAGAUUUCCACCAGAUGACCCAAAGGCUGAUCCUCGAUUUCAUGGCGGAUAUUGGUCUCCGUGGAUGGUUGAUUAAUGAAAAUAAAUUAUGUGAACUAUUGCACUUAUCAAACACUCUUGAAAGCAUGUUUAUAUUAAUUUUGCAAUCAAGGUUCCCUAGAUACCGGCUGAGCUAUCUCUUGGGUGUUUACUAAACUAUUUUACUGCACAACUGUUAGUACAAAAUUUUGAAAUAAACUACUAAGAUCUAACACAAGUAUGAAAAUAUAGCAAUUGUAACAACUUUUGCCUUUU